AUGACUGGCACGCCGGGAGCUGCUACCACCGGGGAUGGAGAGGCCCCCGAGCGCUCCCCGCCCUGCAGUCCGAACUACGAUCUCACGGGCAAGGUGAUGCUUCUGGGAGACUCGGGUGUCGGCAAAACCUGUUUCCUGAUCCAAUUCAAAGACGGGGCCUUCCUGUCCGGAACCUUCAUAGCCACCGUCGGCAUAGACUUCAGGAACAAGGUGGUGACAGUGGAUGGUGCCAGGGUGAAGCUUCAGAUCUGGGACACUGCAGGACAGGAGCGCUUCCGCAGUGUGACCCAUGCUUAUUACAGAGAUGCUCAGGCCUUGCUCCUGCUGUAUGACAUCACCAACAAAUCUUCUUUUGACAACAUCAGGGCCUGGCUCACAGAGAUUCAUGAGUAUGCCCAGAGAGAUGUGGUGAUCAUGUUGCUAGGCAACAAGGCGGAUGUAAGCAGUGAAAGGGUGAUCCGUUCUGAGGAUGGAGAGACACUGGCCAGGGAGUAUGGUGUUCCCUUCAUGGAGACCAGUGCCAAGACUGGCAUGAAUGUGGAGCUUGCCUUCCUGGCAAUUGCCAAGGAGCUGAAGUAUCGUGCAGGCCGGAAGCCUGAUGAGCCCAGCUUCCAGAUCCGUGACUAUGUGGAGUCCCAGAAGCAGCGCCCCAGCUGCUGCUCCUUUGUGUGACUCCCAAAGGGCUAAGAGGAGGCCCAGAGACCCUUGGGAAUGCAGUCAUUCUAACUGCCCAGCCAACCAGGAGAAAGCUGGGAGUUCAGUAGGCAGCCCUGGCCAGGGAGGCAGCUGCCACCCUCGUUUCUCAAGCCUCCCUGUGUCAUGGGAAGGGUAAAAUAAUCAUACUUUAUCUUAAUAUAUAUAAACUAACACCAAAAAAGGCACCAGUGUGCCAUCCCUAAAAAACCAAAAUAGGUAGGGACUUGGUGGUCCUUCUGCCUUCUGGGACUGGGUUCUAAAAGCCUGGACCUUCCUCCUAGCAAGGGUGUUACUGCACCAGCAUGGCACCAGGGGACACCAAAGCACUGCUAGGGUGUGGGAGCUGGUUGUGACCCUGUCACCGUUCUCACUGGGAAGGCUAAGGAGACCCCAGCCUUCUCUUCUUCCAGCUCCCCAGGGGACAGCCAUUCCCAUUAGGAAGGGCCUUAGUGCUGGGAGCUAGCCCAAAGCCUCAGGAAAGAUAAAAGUGGAUAUUGGGGUGUGUGUUUAAGAAGCUGUUACUUGGGUGAGGUCUGCUCAGCUACCUCUGGGCUUCCUCACCCUCCUUUUGGAAGUGUGCCCCUUUUUCUCCAGCAUACAAGCACAGUGGGGCACCUGAAAAUAUUACUUUCUAGUCUCUGGACCUCACAUCCCCAGGGAUGCCCCACCAUCCCAUGGAAUCUCUCCCAUCAGCUUUCUGCCUGGGUUCCUAGAGGUCAGAGGCAAGAAAAAAAAUGUCCUUCCUUCCCAAUGCUGUGACAAGGUGUAUAGCACCACAGCUAUUUAAGGCAGAGGUAAGAGCCAGACAAAGAACUCACUGGCUCCUAGAGUGGGCGGGAAGCAGAACUGAACAACCCCAUAGUCCAAUUUUUCCCAUGAAGCCCCAGCUCUCUGUCUCCUCCCUGCUCUUUCCUUUAACUUCAGACUAAUACUAGGGUCAAAACAGUUUUGUCUCCUCCUCUUCUACUAAAUCAGGUGAAAGGGUGGGAUGUUGUCCAUUUCUGGGUGAGCCGAUGUAAUAGGUGCAAAACAAGGUAGUUUGGUCAAGCUUUGGGUAUGGAGAAGGGCAGCAAGGAGGUCUUAUAGGUCCGAGGCCAUGUGUCUCCCAAAGCCCUGGCCUCACCCUUAGAAGGACGCUGGAGGUAUGCAGAUCCAUGACCCACAGGCACCUUUUACUGCAGCUCUGUAGGCUGGGCAGAGACUGGUGCGCCAAGAAAGUAUGCAUUGCACAUUUCUGAGGCUAACUGCAUUUGCUUUCAAGGCAGAAAUCUUGGUCUCUGAGCAGAGUCAGCGCUCUAAACUCAGGGUGAUAAGGAAGCUCUCUGUGACCUCUCACAGGCAGGAGGAGGAGCCUAGGCUUGCCUGUUCUCUUCUGGGGCUCUGAGCAGGUUGCAGGAGCUCCAGUCCCAUAGCUCUGGGUCUCCGGCAUUUGUGUUUUUCAGAAUUAAAUUGCAGUAUUUUGGAAAGUAUAGCCUGACGUUUUUUCCUGUUUGUUCCCAGAGGAAGAGGGAUCACGUUGGAGAGUUUGUUACUUGGCAUGUGGGCAACUGUUACCAAUGCUCAAAUCAUUCCAUCCUCAUUCUUGGUGUCCUCAUAGGCUCAUCUCACCCUUAGCUGACUGCCCUCCCCCAGACCAGCAUCUUUGUGGGGAAGAGGGAGCUGGAAAGCUUAUCUCACAAUCCAAGUCAUUUUUCUUUCUCUGUUGAAAAAAGCCAGGCCUCCAUUCCCUGUGGAGUGAAU